AUUUUAUACCCGUGACUGCGAUGUGCGUUCAAGGCUGUGUCAGUGAAAUUUUGUAGUGAUGUGGAACUUUGUUUUAGUGAAAAUAUGACGAAAAUAUAUUUAUUAAUAAAUGUAGUUAUAGUAUCAGCAAUAAUUGUAAUAUGUGCAAUACCACGGUGUGAUGGAGCUAUUUCGGAUAAACGGUUAUGUUUCGAUCCAAAAUGCAAUGAACCUGUUUCCUUGGCUCGAACAUUGAUUCGGUACAAUAGCAUCGAUCCAAACAUACUUUCGUUUCCACCGAAUAUUCAAAUUACUAUAUUCAGUAAGGAAGCGGGAAGGCGAUUAGACCUAUGGGGUGCUGAGGUGAAUGGUAAACGUGGUUAUGUCCCAAAAUCCCUCAUUAGAGAGACCAAAAAGUUGAAAUCUGAAUUGUCCCAUGAAGUGCCUACCGAAUUGGUUAAAGAUAACGUUAAUGUGUCUGAUACACUUAAACUUGAUGUUCCAAGUGAUAAAGGUAACCCAGAGGUUAUUAGAAAACUAGACAUUGAAGCAAAUAGCACUGUUGACGCAUCGCAAACUCCAGAAUACCUCGAAAACGUAGAAGUAGAUGUCAGUAAUACUGUAAAUGAGCCAGAAACUUUAGAAAACGCUACAAAUGUGAAGGCUGAGUCAGUUGAAAUCAAUACUGCUUCUUUAUCAGAUUCUUCUGAUACUGAGCCAAAAGAAUCUGUGGAAAAACCUGCUGAGCAAAAUGUGGAAAGUGUACAAAAUAUAACUCCGCCUUACGAAGUUGUAGAUGGAACUACUGUAUCAUUAUUAGCGGAUGAAGUUCCAAUCGAACCCAGCCAACCAACUCCAAUUAUUGCAGCAACUGUUGGCCCAGAUGAAGGACCAAUUCUUAGCGUUCAUCCCAAACUUCCCUCUAGUAUUCGACCUCUCAUAUCCAGGUUUUCAAAUUCAGAUAGCCAAACUUCAAGUGAAGAUAAUUCCCAAUCAGAGCUUAAUACUCCCAAAGAAAACCAAACAGUUGAAACUCAUCCUGAAAAGCAAGUUCCAGUAGAGGAAGAUAAUAGCAAUGAUUCUGGAACUAAUCAACAAGAUACACGUGAAGAUAGUAUCACUGGAAGUAAUUUGGGAAUAUCAACCUCUGAAAACGAGAACCACGAUGAUGAUAAUAAAUUUGUAGAAAAGACUCAACAAACUGAUGAUAGUGGAGUGGAUAGUCAAUCAGAAAAUAUUGAGCUUGAGUUAGCUGAUGCUCCAACUAAUGUCGUUGAUACAAACAGUGAGAUUGAAGAAUCGAUUAAUCGAAAUGAGGCUGCUGUAAACUCUGAAACAGGUUCUUUAGAAGAAGUGGAUAUAGUCAGAGAUAUUGUUGAUAGUUUGGAAAAUGAAACGGCGCUUCCAAAUACAGAGACUUCAUUACCAACAGAUCAAAUUUCAAAUGAGCUAGAGAGACAUGAAACUGCUCAUGAUGCUUCGGAGGCAGACUUAGACAAUAAAGAGAGUUUUCAACCAGAGGUAACAUUUGAUAGCAUCAUCGAAUCUAAAAUUGUACAGAACAACAGUGAACUUGAUGGAAGUAUUCCAGAAGAAGUAUUUCAAGACGCAAAAGAACAGACGCAGUAUUUGUCAGAUGAGGAUGUUACCGGCACUAGCAAAGAUUUUGAUGACAACAUGAUUGUUGAAGAAGAUACUGAAAUAAGUGAAAGAAAAUUCUCAAUAGGUAGCCAAUCGCUGGAGCAGCUGGAUAAUCAAGUAAUUGAACAUGGCGAUGCAAUAGAGCUUAAUGAAAAUUUAAGUGUGUAUAACUUAGGUGAUCCAACAGUAAAAUCUGUUACCCAAGAUGAUUCACAGAAUAAUUCUUCACAAGAAAAUAAUCAUCAGAAAAGUGCAUUGAAUCUUGCCAGCGAAAAUAUGAUUACAGAGCCAUAUUCCAAUUCAUAUGAAGAGACACAUACCACUACAAGAAAUUUGCUGACUCUUGAGGAUGACUUGCUGGAUAUUGACAAUCAAUCAAGCACAGAUACAUCGUACGUUACUGAAUUAAACACUUCUCAAACUGAAUCUUUGAAAGAAGAUGAUUAUAAUGCGAACUACGAUGUGAAUGAAUCAUUAGAAACUUUGGGCUCUGAAACUAAGGAACAAAUUAUAGAAAAUGCUCUCUUUACUGAUGAUCAAGCGCCGCCACUGGAAGUGUGUGACAUCACUUCCAACUGUGCUGAUGUAGAUAAUGAUAAAGCAGCUCCAAAUGAGGAUACAGAAAAUGAAGAUGAAGGAGAAUUUUCAUCAACUUUUGAACAGUAUAAUUAUUUGGAGACCCUGUUAUAUGUCAGCAUUACAGCUUUCACCACAUUGCUGUUUUCACUUGGAUAUUAUUAUAUCGAGAACCAAAGACGAGAUCAAGAGCUUAUCGCUAAGAUUAACAUACUUGAAAAAGAAUUAUUAGUGACAACCAAAGAAAGUAUGAUGCUGGAUGAAGGCCUGAAGGUUACCAAAAAUAAAUUGAACUCCAUUGAAGAUGAAUCGUUUGGAUCAAAUGAAAUGGUUUUAUCAUUGAAAUCCGACUUAGAAGCAGCACAGGUCACCAAAGGAGAGUUAGAAGAUCAAAUUGUUUCAUUAGAAAAGGAAUUAGAGAGCGCGACAGAAGCAGGCUUGGAAUUGGAGCGUAUGCUACGUGAGUUUCUAGCAUCACAAAGUGAUGAAAAUCCACUGGCCCAAUCAGUGGAGGAUUUGCAAACUCGUCUGAAUGCUCAACAGGCUACCAAUGAAUCAUUAACCAACAAUCUCAAUCUCAAAUCUCAAGAGCUUGAGUUCGAUAGACUUGAGAAUGAAGCCUUAACUUUUGAGCUUGCCGUAAUCCAAGAAAGGUACCAACAACUUGAAGUAGAAGUUACAAGACUUGCAACAGAGUUGAAAUCACAGACGAACCUCAAGAAUAAUCUCGAAAAAGACUCUUCAGUGAAAAUAGAACAGCUGACCAAGCAGGUGAACAAGAUGUCUGAAGAUCGAGCUGGACUAAUGAAUCAAUUGACAACCAAAGAAGUUGCGUUAAAUGAUCUCUCUGAAGUGAUAAAACAACAAAGUGGUGAAAACUUGGAUUUUGAGAAGUUCUAUCAGGUUUCCCAAAUCAAGGCUGAGGCUCAGAUUGCUACUGAAGAAAGAGAUGAACUAAAACUUAAAUUAACCGAGGUGGAGGGAGCGCAUCAAUUACUCGAAGAACACAUGAAACUUAUCAAAGAAGAAAUCGCAAUGAUCACCAAGCAAUACGAAUUAGCAGAACGUGAAAAAAUAGAAGCACAAACGAGACUUGAAGUGCUUUCGAAUUACUUCAAAGAAAAAGAGAGCCAAUUGCAGAAAGAACUAGGCAUGCAAGAAGCUAUGUGGGUACAAAAGCAGGGCGAGGUGACUUCGACCGUUGAUCGGAUACAAACGAUGCAAAACGAGAUUCAAAAUUAUCGUCAACAAAUCGAGACCUUGAAAAGAGAAAUACUUGAUCAAGAGCGAGAAUAUAAGAGUCAGAUUGCAGCUCUGGAGACCAAAUCACACGAACAAUGGGUCAUUGCUCGACAAAGUGAAAGACGUUUAGAAGAGUCAAAGGCCGAAGCGAGCCAAUUACGUAAUCGACUGACUAUGGUGGAGAAAAGUAUGAAUGAAGUGGAUUCUGAUUCUAAGUUACAUCGCUUGGAGACUAACGGAGAGACAGCAGCAUCCCCACAAUUAUUUAUGGGAGCAGAGAACUCAAGUUCCCCUAUAAUAUUUAGUGGUUCUUCAAGUGUUCCACCAUUACCUCCUUCCUAUAUGUAUGGUGCUCCUCUUCCUCCACCAUUCAUACCUCCUCCUCCCCUCCCGGGUGGCGGACCCAUGUAUGACAUUAGCCGGAGACCUCCACCGUUAGGAGGACGUUUAUCGUCACCACCCCCAAUCCCUCUUCACCAUCCACCUGGCAGAUAUGAAGAUGCCAGUUCGCCGCCACCGCCUCUAUCACCUCCAUUACAUGCUCCUUAUAACCAUCGCUCGCCUCCACCAUUUAGCAGUGAACGUAUCCAUUCUCACCCUCCUCCUCCUCCGUUUAUGACACCUUUGGGAACAUCGCAUUCUUGGGGGGAUGAAUCAUUGCCACCUCUACGAAAUCCAGUUUUCCAUCCUCAUCAACGCGAGCAGCGUUUACGCAACCACAAAGGUUCGUUACAUUCUUCUGGAGACUCGCUGGACAAAACAAACCAUACCGGAAAAAUCUAGGCAGUUCUGUAUUUUAUUAAUUCAUUCAAUAUUGUGAUCUGGAACCAGCAUUAAACUUUAUCAUGUCAUUCCAUGUGUUCUCUUUUUUCUUCCAUAAAAUAGUGCUGGUUCAAAUUCGAUUGUUGUGGUUGUAGUACCACACACUAUUUGAACCUCAUGAAUAUUCUUGUAAUUAAAUUAUUUCGAAUUUAGCGCAAUGACUACUGCUCACACGUUUCGAGUCCCUUUAUGUGAUGGUUUCUUGAAGUUACUAAAUAAAUUUACAGUUUACAAUGUACAUGUGGUUCCAGAUAGUUUGAUAGUAAAACGUUUCAAUGAAGAACAGGUAUAGAUAUUCGUAGAUAGAAUUAUAUACAUAUAAAUAUAUAUAAUAUAAAUAAUGCGAACAUUUGUAUGAAAUUAAGAUAUGGUUGUUACAAUCAUAUCGAAAAAAUUUGUAAUAUUCAAUGCAACAAUCCUACCCUGAAAUGUAAUUAUUGAUGAUUCAAAAAAAUCAAAAUAAAUUGUAAUUUAUUAUUA